AUGCGUCUUGCCAUAGAGAUCCGGGCUCUGAUUGGACAGGUUGUGUGGAGGGCUCUGAUUGGACAGGUUGUGUGGAGGGCUCUGAUUGGACAGGUUGUGUGGAGGGCUCUGAUUGGACAGGUUGUGUGGAGGGCUCUGAUUGGACAGGUUGUGUGGAGGGCUCUGAUUGGACAGGUUGUGUGGAGGGCUCUGAUUGGACAGGUUGUGUGGAGGGCUCUGAUUGGAGAGGUUGUGUGGAGGGCUCUGAUUGGACAGGUUGUGUGGAGGGCUCUGAUUGGACAGGUUGUGUGGAGGGCUCUGAUCGGACAGGUUGUGUGGAGGGCUCUGAUUGGACAGGUUGUGUGGAGGGCUCUGAUUGGACAGGUUGUGUGGAGGGCUCUGAUUGGACAGGUUGUGUGGAGGGCUCUGAUCGGACAGGUUGUGUGGAGGGCUCUGAUCGGACAGGUUGUGUGGAGGGCUCUGAUCGGACAGGUUGUGUGGAGGGCUCUGAUCGGACAGGUUGUGUGGAGGGCUCUGAUCGGACAGGUUGUGUGGAGGGCUCUGAUCGGACAGGUUGUGUGGAGGGCUCUGAUCGGACAGGUUGUGUGGAGGGCUCUGAUCGGACAGGUUGUGUGGAGGGCUCUGUCCUUUUUAUUUUUCUUAUUGUCCCUCACGAUGAAAUCAGAGGGGGGCUGGAUCUGUCCGUCCGUACAUUAGUCACGCGCCACCUCUCGCCCCAAUUUGAUGAAACUUGAUUGAUGCGUCUUGCCAUAGAGAUCCGGCAUUUAAAUAUCUACACUGAUAGGCCCAAAAACUACACUGAUAGGUGCUAUAGUAAUCAACUGAAAUUCCAAACUUUGAACCAGCGGGUCUCCAGCGCUGCAUCAUUUGUGGGGGACAACAUACCUUGUUAUAUUUAUUGGUUUUAUAUGUAUCACCCUCAAACCUCUCUCAUUUAAAGCAUUAUUAAGUUUCCGAGCAUUGAUAUCUUACGACUGUUCAAUUGUAUAAUUAUAGUACAAUUUUCAUGGUCUUUACUUUCUCUAUCUAAAGCACAUACAUCUAAUGCCAAUACCAUUUUAUACUGUAAUUACUUUGCUUUUAUUAUGGAAACUGAAUCAUUAAAUAUGUUUUGUCUACCUUU